AUGGGCAGAGCAAUUACUAUUGCAGUCGAAGGAUGCUGUCAUGGCAUGCUCGAUGAUAUAUAUGCCCAGCUGCUGACAAAAUCAAAAAAUAUGGGCAAGCGGGUUGACCUGCUCAUCAUCUGCGGCGACUUCCAGGCGAUCCGCAACGUGACUGAUCUCGAAUGCAUGGCUUGCCCCGACAAGUACAAGCAGCUGGGUGGAUUCUACCGCUACUACACGGGUGAGCGCGUAGCGCCCAUCCCGACGAUAUUUGUGGGCGGCAACCACGAAGCAGGUAAUCACAUGCGCGAGCUCUACUAUGGUGGAUGGGUUGCGCCAAAUAUAUACUUUAUGGGAAACUCUGGCGUGGUGAAGUUUGGCGGUCUGCGCAUCGGCGGUGUUUCGGGCAUCUACAAGGACUACGACUUUGUCAAGGGACACUACGAACGCCCCCCCUUUAGAGGACAUGCGCGGUCGUCGAUGCACCAUGUGCGGUCGUACGAGGCGUUCAAAAUGAUGCAGAUCAGGAAGCCGCUGGACAUAGUUGUGUCCCAUGAUUGGCCGCAGAAUAUUGAGCGAUUUGGAGAUACUGGGGGGCUGCUGCGCAGGAAACCGUUUUUCAGGCAAGAGAUCGAGGAGGGCAGGUUGGGCUCGCCGGUCAAUGCACUUUUGCUUGAGCGCCUGCGGCCGGCGUGGUGGUUUUCGGCACACAUGCAUUCGCGCUUUGAGGCA